AUGCCCGGCGCGCUGAAAAGCGAUCUGAAUCGACAUAUGCCGAAGCUGGUGCAGCUACUGCUUUUGUGGACCUUGCAGGAGGAUCCAACUUUUGGUGCGUAUACGGAAGCGUUUGCGGGGUUGAGUCCGAAGGUGGAUCAGGGAAGGAAUGGAGCAUUUGGUUUUGGCGAUGGCAGCGGAGGAGGAGGGUGGAACGAGACUUGCGGAGAGAUUCUGGGAGUGGAGUGA